GUCGAUUUCGAUAUAUCUCGAUAUCAAUUCAGAGCAAAAUAUAGUCACGUGACUUUUCUUCAAAAUACUUUUUUUUUUUUCAGUUUGUUCAAAUUUUUCAAAAUUGAAAUGGUACAACUUUACCAAUUGAAUAUAAUCCAUAGUCUAUUCAAGGGAUAUCCACAAGGAAAUGUUUAGAAUAUCGAAUAGUAGUAGGAGAAGUAUAGGAAUUCAAUCUUCCAAAUUGAAUUUCGGUCUCUCCCAAAGAUUCAUUUCCUUUAGAUUACCUAAUAUCCAAUCCUUAGAAACCGUUAAAUCUCAACAAUCUGAUUUCGAAGGGUUAUUUUCCAAUAAUAGUGUUAAUGAAUUAUGGUUCAAAAGAGGUCAAAGUUUAGUGGAUGGAUUGAAUCAAAGCUUAGAGCAUUCGAAUGUCAAUUCUAGUGGGACUGAAGUUCCUAAUAAUUUAACUGAUUUAAUAAGUUCCACCAUUCAGAAACCAGAAUAUUAUGGAAUUUAUUGUUAUUCAUCUUUAUUAUAUAAUUUACAAUUCUUCGUGGAAAACUUAAGACCAUCUGAAACUACCAUUCAUAAAGUCGAUCAAGCUGAUCCAAAUGCAUUAUUAGCCAAUCCUGUGUUUGAGUUUGUUAACCAACCUCAAGAUGAAGAUUUAAAAAGAUGGAUCAUUGAUUCAUUUGGUUCUGUUAUAGAAUUUAGAACUUUAUUACUUAAUUCAGCUAAAGGUAUAAAAGGUGAUGGUAUUACUUGGUUAGUGGCAGAAAGCAAUAACAGUCAAAGCACCAUAAAUAAUAAUUUCCAAGGUGGAAAAGCAUCAAGGGAACCACAAUAUGUUAAUUUAAAAGUCAUUAAUACUUAUAAUACUGGAUUUGUGGAUGAUUCUAUCAGAUCAGGGCAAGUCAAUCGUUUAAGACAACAAAAAUCAGCCAGAUUAGCAGCAUUAAGAAGUAAACAAUUAGAAAGACAAGAAAAAGAAAACAAUGAAAAAGAUUCAACUACCACCACUACAACUACUACUGAAUCCACUACUACAAGUGAAGAAAAAACCAUUAUUUCUGAAAUUGAAGAAAUUGAUGAAAAAAUUGAUGAAUUAACUUUAGGAUCAACUGAAGAUGCUGAUUUAAACACCUUGUAUAAUGAUAAAAAGUUAUUACCAUUAUUAGCCAUUGAUUCAUCUCCAAGAAACUAUUUAUUAGAUUAUGGUGUAUUUGGAAAACAAAAUUAUUUGGAUAAUGUUUGGGAAUGUAUCGAUUGGGAUGUGGUUGCCAAAAGAACUCCAACUAGAACUCAAGCUAUUAUCGGUAGUUUAUAUAUGUAAAUAGAUAUUUUAAAUAAUAAAAAGUAAUAAACCAUU